UGCCGGGCCAGCGGUGGGCGGUGCCUGGGCUUCCAUCAUGGCGGCGGCUUCGGUAUCUCGUUUCUGGCUCUGGGCUUUGUUACUUAUCCCGGCGGCCGCGGUCUACGAAGACCAAGUGGGCAAGUUUGAUUGGAGACAGCAGUUUGUUGGGAAGCUCAAGUUUGCCUCCUUGGAAUUUUCUCCUGGAUCCAAGAAGUUGAUUGUAGCCACAGAGAAGAAUGUGAUUGCAGCAUUAAAUUCUCGUACUGGGGAGAUCUUGUGGCGCCAUGUUGACAAGGGUACAUCAGAAGGGGCUGUGGACGCCAUGCUGCUCCACGGACAGGAUGCAGUCACUGUGUCCAAUGGAGGCCGAAUCAUGCGUUCCUGGGAGACUAACAUUGGGGGCCUGAACUGGGAGAUAACCUUGGACAGUGGCAGUUUUCAGGCACUUGGGCUGGUAGGUCUGCAGGAGUCAGUGAGGUACAUUGCAGUCCUGAAGAAGACCACACUUGCCCUCCAUCACCUCUCCAGUGGGCACCUAAAGUGGGUGGAGCACCUCCCAGAAAGUGAUAGCAUCCAUUACCAGAUGGUGUAUUCCUACGGCUCUGGCGUGGUGUGGGCCCUGGGAGUUGUUCCCUUCAGCCAUGUGAACAUUGUUAAGUUCAACGUGGAAGAUGGAGAGAUUGUUCGGCAGGUCAGGGUUUCAACACCGUGGCUGCAGAGUCUCACUGGAGCCUGUGGCGUGGUGGAUGAGGCUGUCCUGGUGUGCCCUGAUCCGAGCUCACGUUCACUCCAAACUCUGGCCCUGGAGACAGAGUGGGAGCUGAGGCAGAUCCCACUGCAGUCUCUCGACUUAGAAUUUGGAAGUGGAUUCCAGCCCCGCAUCUUGGCCACACAGCCCAACCCAGUGGAUCCUUCUCGGGCCCAGUUCUUCCUGCAGUUAUCCUCAAGCCACUAUGCUCUUCUGCACUACCAUCAUGGGGUCCUGAGCCUGCUUAAAAACUUCCCACAGACUGCCCUGGUGAGCUUUGCCACCACGGGGGAGAAGACGGUGGCUGCAGUCAUGACCUGUCGAAAUGAGGUGAAACCUAGCAGUUCUGAAGAUGGGUCAAUGGGGAGCAUUUCGGAGAAGUCUAGUCCAAAGGACUCCCUGGCCUGCUUCAACCAGACCUACACCAUUAACCUGUACUUGGUGGAGACAGGCCGGCGGCUGCUCGACACCACGAUCACGUUUAGCCUGGAACAGAAUGGCACUCAGCCUGAACGGCUGUUCAUCCAGGUGUUCUUGAAGAAGGACGACUCAGUGGGCUACCGGGCCUUGGUACAGACGGAGGAUCACCUGCUACUUUUCCUGCAGCAGCUGGCAGGGAAGGUAGUGUUGUGGAGCCGUGAGGAGUCACUGGCAGAAGUGGUGUGCCUCGAGAUGGUGGAUCUCCCCCUAACGGGGGCACAGGCUGAGCUGGAAGGAGAGUUUGGCAAGAAGGCAGAUGGCUUGCUGGGGAUGUUCCUGAAACGCCUCUCGUCUCAGCUCAUCCUGCUACAGGCGUGGACUGCCCAACUCUGGAAAAUGUUCUACGAUGCUCGGAAGCCCCGCAGUCAGAUUAAGAAUGAGAUCAACAUCGACACCCUGGCCAGAGACGAAUUCAAUCUGCAGAAGAUGAUGGUGGUGGCAACAGCCUCAGGCAAGCUUUUUGGCAUUGAGAGCAGCUCUGGCACCAUCCUGUGGAAACAGUAUCUACCCAAUGUCAAGCCAAACUCCUCCUUUAAACUGAUGGUGCAGAGAACUACUGCUCACUUCCCCCACCCGCCUCAGUGCACACUCCUGAUAAAGGACAAGGAGACGGGAAUGAGCUCUCUCUAUGUCUUCAAUCCCAUUUUUGGGAAGUGGAGUCAGGUGGCUCCUCCAAUACUGAAACGCCCCAUCUUGCAGUCCUUGCUUCUGCCCAUCAUGGACCAAGACUAUGCCAAGGUGUUGCUGUUGAUAGAUGAUGAGUACAAGGUCACAGCUUUCCCAGCCACUCGGAAUGUCUUGAGACAACUACAUGAGCUUGCCCCUUCCAUCUUCUUCUAUUUGGUGGAUGCAGAGCAGGGACGGCUAAGUGGAUAUCGGCUUCGAAAGGAUCUCACCACUGAACUGAGUUGGGAGCUGACCAUCCCCCCAGAAGUACAGCGGAUCGUCACAGUGAAGGGGAAGCGCAGCAGUGAGCACGUUCAUUCCCAGGGCCGUGUGAUGGGGGACCGUAGUGUGCUCUACAAGAGCCUGAACCCCAACCUGCUGGCCGUAGUGACAGAGAGCACAGACGUACAUCACGAGCGCACCUUCAUUGGCAUCUUCCUCAUUGAUGGCGUCACUGGACGCAUCAUCCACUCCUCGUUGCAGAAGAAAGCCAAGGGCCCUGUCCACAUCGUGCAUUCUGAGAACUGGGUGGUGUACCAGUACUGGAAUACCAAGGCUCGGCGUAAUGAGUUCACUGCACUGGAGCUGUACGAGGGCACUGAGCAGUACAAUGCCACAGCCUUCAGCUCCCUGGACCGGCCUCAGCUGCCCCAGGUCCUCCAGCAGUCCUACAUCUUCCCCUCCUCCAUCAGUGCCAUGGAAGCCACCAUCACAGAGCGGGGCAUCACCAGCCGACACCUGCUAAUUGGGCUACCUUCAGGAGCAAUUCUCUCCCUUCCGAAGGCCUUGCUGGAUCCCCGCCGUCCUGAGAUUCCAACAGAACAGAGCAGAGAGGAGAACCUAAUCCCGUAUUCUCCAGAUGUACAGAUACACGCAGAGCGAUUCAUCAACUAUAACCAGACAGUUUCUCGAAUGCGAGGUAUCUACACAGCUCCCUCAGGCCUGGAAUCUACUUGUUUGGUUGUGGCAUACGGUUUGGACAUUUACCAAACUCGAGUCUACCCAUCCAAACAGUUUGAUGUCCUGAAGGAUGAUUACGACUACGUUUUAAUUAGCAGUGUCCUCUUCGGCCUGGUUUUUGCCACCAUGAUCACUAAGAGACUGGCACAGGUGAAACUCCUGAAUCAAGCCUGGCGAUAGAGACCAAACACUGACUGCCAGAUUGCUGAGAGCCAAGGGGGUUGUGGGUCAGACGAGAAGCUACGGCUGCAGUUGGACAUUUUGGUGGAGUAUGUGUGGUGAGAGUGGUGAAGAAGAGGACUUUCACCUAGAACUCCGUCUGGGUUGGGCAUGAUGCAGAGUUCUUCUGUGGGUAAACUGAGCUCACGCUCUCAGCUGAGAAUCACAAACCAUCUUGAUGGACUUGCCCCUGAAACCUGAAGGCUGUUGCUGCCUUCCCUCUCUGGCCACCCAUGAAUGUUUUUGUUUCCCUCUUUUUUUAAGAACUCCAAUGGAUUUUUCUUUUUUGAGGCCUGUCUAAUUUUUUUAGUUUGCCUUCUGUGUUUCCCAGGUUUAUUUACAAAUCCUUGUUUCCCUGCCUUCUGCUUCAAAGUCGGGAGGGAGCUCGUAUUGAAAACUCCAAUGCCAUAGGGGCAUUUGGUGCUUUAUGUUGGGAAGAAAUAAGAUCCAUCCUUAGCUGAGGUUGGAUGAGUGAUCCAGCAUCUCAUCGUUUCUCUCCAAACUAUCAGUUGAAGAAUCCAUACACGGCGUCAAAAUGUCUUGUAACUAAGCCUCCAGUUCGUGCUUUUAUUUAUUAGGUUGAGCCACCCAGUCCUUGUUUCAACUUACAGAAGCCAAGCAUGAAGAGUCUUGGUUUGUUGGCCAUUGCCUAGGCUUUUCACCUCAGAUGUGUCAGAGCUGAGGCCAUUUUAAAACUACAGAAUUGUCUGGACCUUCAAGGAAGGUAAUCUGCCUGUUUUAUGGUACCUGAUACUCUCUCGUUUAAUCCACAGGCUGGUCUAAUCAUCUUAUGAUACCCUAGUUAGAGAAAAGUGUCCUUGUUUAAGAACCCCAAUAUUUAUUUUUAGUUCUGUAUGUAAAUUAACAUGUGGGUCACUGUAUUUCUCUUAAAUGAGCAGAUUUUAAAUGCUACUGAUCUAACCUUUGAAGCUUUGAAAAAAGGGGAGGAAGAGGGCAGAGGUAGGGAACCGGCAUCUUGUGGAUGCAGCACUGCUCAUUGGCCGUGCUGCUGUUUUCUGCUACGAAUUAAGGAAAUCCUAAAAGUCUUUCCUUGGUCAUGGAUUCAGAGAACAAUGAGGUUUUCGUUUACUGUGAAGAACGAAGUGUACAGAGAGUAGACCAUCUCUGGCCCUGUGGGGAGAGAGGUACACUCGGGUGUCUGAAUAAAGUCAGUGAUGAAUGGAACGGC